UAUGCACAUUUACAAUUAAUAAAAACGAUUGAAGGAUUGACGAGUCUUAUCCAUUUAGAUGUUCUGGAUUUGAGUGGGAAUGAAAUAUGUGAAAUAUGCAAUCUCAAACAUCUUCAAGAAUUACAUGUAUUAAAUUUAUCAAGUAACCUGAUUGAUAGAAUUAAAGGAGUGAGAGACUUGGAAUCUCUCAUUGAACUCAAUUUAAGCAAAAAUAAUGUGACGUGUUUGGAAGAAGUAGAUUUACUUCCCAAAUUGCAGAGAUUAUUUUUAAGUCAUAAUUGCAUUGACAGGUUUGAAGAUUUGUUAGAUGUGCCUAUGUUAACUGAAUUAUCAUUUGAAAAUUGUCCCAUCACUCAGCGUCCACACUAUCGACAUAUGAUGAUUUUUCGAUUUCCACAUCUAAAAUUUUUAGAUUCAAAACGUGUUCUGGAUGAAGAAAAACGUACUGCACAAGUAAUUGUACGGAAAGAAGAACUUAAAAAACAAGAAAGUAUAAGAAUUGCAAAAAUAAAGGAAGCAAAAGAGCGAGCAAUUACAAAUGCUCGUCAGCAAUGGUUUUCUAUCAUGAAAGAACAAGGAGAAAAACAUGCCAAUAUGCAAAUUAGCUCACUCCCCUGUAUGGUUUCAUCUGUCACACCACAGUUACUUUUUUUCCAUCCAAAAUAUCAAAGUGGAGAUGAUGACGAAGAAGAUGGACAAUGCACAUUCUGUGAUGGUUCAGGUUUGCCCUGUGAUUUUUGUGGAGGUACCAUUCUGAAUCAUCUUGCAGGUACAAUCUGUCGAAGGCGUACAAGAAAAUUAUGGCAAAAAUCAAAGAAAGAUCAGGAAAAGAAGUCUUUAAGAAAAGCUAUGGACAAUAUAAUCACUUCUGAAAAAGAAUUAUCUGAUACUCAUCUCACACACCUGGCUGAAAUUGAUGAUGGAAAAUUACAACUUUACGGCUUGGGUGCCGUUGUAGCCGCUUUUCAGCAUUCCUGGAAUCCUGAUACAAUACCUACAAUCCAUACAGUGGGCUUCCAUUUUCUUUUAUUUGAUAGUAUUGCACCAUUUUUGGGCCAAAUGAAAACACAGUUUCCAAAUAUAUCACAUAUUUUCUUUGAAUGUGCCAAUCUCUAUUCGCUUCCUCAACUGAAUGCCAUGGCACAGAUUUCCGAACUGCAGCAACUGACGAUCGAAAGAGAAGGAAAUCCACUCACUGAGUUAUCGUUAUGGAGGCUCUAUGCCAUCUAUCGACUGGGGUCGUCUCUGACGACAAUAAAUGGCACGCAGAUUACUACUUACGAAAGAGCAAAGGCAGACGAUAUCUUUGGAGGCCUGGGACAAGCCGUCACGUGUUUUCUCCCCAAAUAUAGAUUGUCUUCAUUACUAAAUAAUCCGAGAGUUAAACAGUUAUUUUUAAAAGAGAAAGGCUAUUCUCUGAAUGCUCUCCAGCGGCAAUCCGAAACUCAAGUUGCAAGUGAUGUGGUGAUGAAAGCUGCUCUUAUAUAUAAACCACAUUUAGAUGAGGCAGUCUUACCAAGUUACAAAGUUGUAGGUAAGCAGUUACUACAGAAGAGCCUGAACAACGUGGAAGAGACUAUGAAGAAACGCCUGGUCUUUCAAACUCUGUGGCCGUCGAUAUUUAUGGAGAUGGCCAUGGAUUCUCUAAAAAGCUUCACCAACAUAAAUCGCCACAUGAAAGUAGCAAUGACGAAUCUACUUCAUCAAAAUCACAAAGUGUGGAGGAGAUUUGACAAAUAGCAAUGACUCGUGCCUUCUUUUUAAAAAAAUUUCAAAACAUAAAAGAAGUUCGAUUGCCUUAGCUUAUACAUAUAGAAAAAAUUGCCCGUCAAGAAACAUUGCAGCUAGAAUCUAUCUUUACAAGAUUUUUUCACCAUUUUAUGUAAGAAAACUCGACUUUCCACCUAAUUGAAAAUCAUCGCAAACAAUUCAUUUUUUUAAACUAGAAACUUUUUUGUUAACUUCCUCGUAUAAUGUAUAUACGAAUUAAAAAAUCUUAUGCAAACCAAAAAGUGAUUCUCAUUCGCCAUUUCUUAAUAUACUGUUGUUGCCUUUCUAAUUAGAUCUCAGGACAUGCAAUUAAGUUGUAAACAAAUUUCAAAAUUUAGAAUAAAAUGCUUGUUAAAAACGAUUUCAAAAAAUAA